GUAACUCGGUCUUGAAUACCGCAGAUCCUUCCACGGCGUUAGGGUACGCGUCCCUCUCUCGCCCUCCGCCUCUUUAGAACCACCCUCACCCACACUCACGCUCGCACCCACACCACCGGCCGCGUCAACCGAAAGCAGCAGAAGAGCACCCCACGCUCCAUCUACAUCUACUACCCGGCGCCUGGCCGGUUCUCUCCUCCGAAACCACGCGCCUACACCAGUGCCGGUGCCGGUCGAAGCGCGCGCGUACGUGAAACAUCAAACAUGCACCGUCAGAUGGCGGCCGCCGCGGCGGCAUGGGCGCCGCCGCUGCUGCUGGUGCUGGUGCUGCUCUCGGCGGCGGCGCCGCGGCUGUGCGCGGGGCAGGCGCUGGUGCCGGGCGUGAUGAUCUUCGGAGACUCGGUGGUGGACGCCGGCAACAACAACCGGCUGGCCACGCUGGUGCGCGCCGACUUCCCUCCCUACGGCCGCGACUUCCCGGCCACACACGCCCCCACCGGCCGCUUCUGCAACGGCAAGCUCGCCACCGACUACACCGUGGAGAGCCUUGGCCUGAGCUCGUACCCGCCGGCGUACCUGAGCGAGGAGGCGCAGAGCGACAACAAGACCCUCCUCCACGGCGCCAACUUCGCCUCCGGCGCCGCCGGCUACCUCGACGCCACCGCCGCGCUCUACGGCGCGAUCUCGCUGGGGCGGCAGCUGGACUACUUCAAGGAGUACCAGUCCAAGGUGGCGGCGGUGGCCGGCGAGAAGCGCGCGGCGGCGCUGACGUCCGGGUCCAUCUACUUGGUGAGCGCCGGGACGAGCGACUACGUGCAGAACUACUACGUCAACGCCAUGCUCGCCGCCGCCUACACCCCCGACCAGUUCGCCGACGCGCUCAUGCAGCCAUUCACGGCCUUCGUCGAGAGGCUGUACGGGCUGGGCGCACGGCGGAUCGGGGUGACGUCGCUGCCGCCCAUGGGGUGCCUCCCGGCGUCCGUCACCCUCUUCGGCGGCGGCGGCGGCGGCGGCGGAGGCUGCGUGGAGCGUCUCAACAACGACUCCCUGGCCUUCAACGCCAAGCUGCAGGCCGCGUCGGACGCGGCCAAGAAGCGGCACUCGGACCUCAAGCUCGUCGUCUUGGACAUCUACAACCCGCUCCUCAACCUCGUCGCCGACCCCAUGACCGCCGGGUUCUUCGAGUCUCGGCGUGCGUGCUGCGGGACGGGCACGAUCGAGACGUCGGUGCUGUGCCACCAGGGCGCGCCGGGGACGUGCGCCAACGCCACGGGAUACGUCUUCUGGGACGGCUUCCACCCCACCGACGCCGCCAACAAGGUGCUCGCCGACGCGCUGCUCCUCCAGGGACUCCAGCUCAUCUCCUAGCUCCAUCCUUUAUUUUCUUCCUCAUCGCCGGACGGACCAAUGGUGGCUCAUGCCAUGACUCACACUGCAUCAACCGUCCGUCUUGUGCAUGUCGUUGUAUCUGUCCACUGUCUGUCCCUUUACCUCGAUCCUAGCUUUUCUUGCUUGUGAUCUCUACUACUAGUACUAGAUCAUCUAUCAUGCUGUUUUGUUUGCUUUCAACUACUAUUAGGCAAUGCUGUUUCCUUGCUCUCUGUGAUGUGAAUCAGUGAAUGUGAUCCGUGAUGUAAUAUAUAACGGCGCUGAAACUAGGCUUUCGCUGAUUUUAGUUA